UGAAAGUAGACGAACCGAAUUCCAGUGAAAACUGUACCGUAUGAAGUUAGAAAUAAGUUCGCUCUUUGCUGAUUUCAACCCAAUACAAGUGAUAUUUUGAUCUAUUAUAAUGAUAUGAAGGAUUAUUGUUACGUUUUGUGAGAGGAUAUGGACAAAAAAUUGCAAUGUUGGGUGUAAAACGUGCAGAAAUGGAGUUGUAAUUUAGCCAGGUAGAGUGACCUACAAUUGACAGUGAGAGGGCGCCAUCUUCCUACCGUCACCGUGUGAAAAGUUAUAUGAAGAAUUUAAAGUUACAUACGUGUGUAUAGCUAAAAUACAACCAUGUUUAAGAAGAAAAAGAAGCCGUCUAUAGAAAUAUCCGAACCGCAGGAUUUUCAGCAUCGAGUACAUACAGGAUAUGAUAAUGAACAUGGUGUUUUUGUAGGAUUACCGAGUCAGUGGGCUGGUAUUAUUGGAGUUGAAAAGGAGCGUCCCCGUCCAAUCAUAGAUCCAUCCACUAUUACCGACUAUGAAAUAGAACCCUUAAAAACAAUUGUAAGGGGUAAUUCACAAAUAGGAAUAAGUGUUGCAAGAUCAAAUUCAUUAAAACAAAGUAGCCCACCUCCCUAUCGUAAGAAAUAUACAGGCAAUUCAAACUAUCCACCUGUUCAGGAGAAUGAUGGUUACUAUGAAGGAAAUAAUCAUUAUCCAGAUGUCCCUCAUCCUAUGCAUCAGAAUGCCUAUAAUCAAGGUAAUAAUCAUGGUCAUCCAGCAGGCUACAACCCUCGGGUUGACAGUAGGCCCCCACCAGACAGAGAUAAUUACUAUGGAGGAGGAGGAAGAGGAGAUCAACAUUAUCCCCACCAAAACCAUCAAGAUCACAAUAAUAUGCAUCAAGGUGGUUACAGACAACCUGAAAGGGUGAAUGACUAUCAGCCUCGAUUAAACAACUCAUAUGAUAGAGAUCAAUCUGGAUAUUCUGAACGAGAUAAUUCAUUUGAAAGAGAUAGUCAUUAUCGGGACAGAAACGACAGAGAUAUGUACAAUCAUUCAGCUCCUCAAGAUCCAGGGAUGGGUAGACAAAUGCCGGCACCAUAUCAGAAUAUGCCACCAAAACCUGGUUACAAUCCUUACAAUGAUCGCCCUGGCCCACCCCAGCCCCAGCCCCGGUCACCAUCUCAUUCUAACUCUAUGCAGUCAUUAUCAAAAUCUCCAGCACCUACUGAUGGGCGCUUGUCCCAUGAUCAAUUCAGAGCUGCCUUGCAAAUGGUGGUUAGUCCAGGAGAUCCACGAAGUUUCCUUGAAAAGUUUAUUAAGAUUGGAGAAGGUUCAACUGGUAUAGUUUGCAUAGCCACAGACAAGGAAAGGCGCAACCAAGUCGCUGUAAAAAAAAUGGAUUUACGCCGACAACAGAGACGUGAGCUUUUGUUUAAUGAAGUAGUUGUUAUGAGAGACUAUCAUCAUCCUAAUAUUGUAGAUAUGUAUAACAGUUUUCUGGUCAAUGAUGAACUGUGGGUUGUUAUGGAGUUCAUGGAAGGGGGUGCCUUGACGGACAUUGUAACACACAGUAAAAUGGAUGAAAUGCAAAUCGCGACUGUUUGUAAAGCUUGUUUGAAGGCUCUUGCUUAUCUUCAUUCACAUGGUGUUAUUCACAGAGACAUUAAAUCAGAUUCUAUUUUAUUGUCACAUGAUGGAAAAGUGAAAUUAUCAGACUUUGGUUUCUGUGCCCAGGUAACCCCGGAAUUAAGGAAAAGAAAAUCUCUGGUAGGUACACCAUACUGGAUGGCUCCGGAAGUUAUUUCAAGGAUGCCUUAUGGAACAGAAGUUGAUAUCUGGUCAUUGGGCAUUAUGGUUGUCGAGAUGGUAGAUAGUGAGCCACCAUUUUUUAAUGAGCCGCCACUGCAGGCAAUGAGAAGGAUACGUGAUAUGCCACCGCCAAAAAUACGCAGUUCACACAAAGUCUCUCCAAGGCUUCAAGGCUUUUUGGAUAAAAUGUUAGUAAGAGAUGCUAGCCAGAGAGCAUCUGCUCCAGAGCUCCUGAAUCAUCCAUUUUUACGAGAAGCUGGUCCACCAAGCUGCCUUGUUCCUUUGAUGAGAAGUUACAGGAAUAGUCCAUGUUAAUAUCAGAACAAGUUAUGCUGUCCUGGUACUUAUUAUUAUUAUUAAAUAUAUCAUAACGCAUUACAUGUUCAGGAUUAUAUAUCAACAUUUUCUAUUAUUAUUGUAACCUUUAACCCAUAUAAAUAUAUUCAUUAACCUGUACACAUUAUAUGUACAUAACUGGUAUAUAAUCAUUCAUAAUAUUAAUACUAGAAAAAAAGUAUAUUUUAUUUUUUUCAUUUCAUUUUAUAUGAUUAUAAUUAUUUAACCAAUAUUUAGUAUUUCACUAUAGAAAUUCUUUAGAAAUAUCUUGUACGUAUACUGUCCAUGUACUUGCCUACUUGUUUCUGGGACAUAUUUUCUAAUACACUGAAAAUAUAAUUUGGUAAGUGAUCUAAUGAGCCUGCACUGCAGACCAUACAUUUAUCUUUCACAUCCCAAUGGUUAUUCAAGUACACAUUGUUCAGCUAAGUCUACACCUACUAACAGUAAUAUAGCAAGUAUUUCAUAGUAUUUAAUCAUGCUUCGGAGUGUCUUGUGUGUUACUGAACAGAACAUGUGCAUGAACAUCUAUGGACUUCUAAAACUUUUAAGUUUAUGUAAAUACAUGUAUUGUAAUUAAUGUAAACAAAUUAUUCGUAUUAGGCCUAACUGUCAUUAUAACAAUAUGCUUAUUUGUCUUCGUUCACUGUUAUUAUUAUCUUACAGGCAUUAUAUCUUUCAAAUACAUUCUAUAACGUUUCAUAGUUCAUUAAAAUUCAUAUUUUACACACAAUCUAAUAUGAUGAUGCCCAUUGUAACUACAUGUAGCAGGUUUACAUGUAUGUUUGGUUUCUUUUCCUUCAUUGGUGACAAACUCCAAAGUAAGAUUGCCUCUUUAAUAAUAUAGUUUAUAUUUGGAUGAGGUUUUAGCCCAGUUAAAUUGUUACAUCAAGUACCUACGCAGGUUGAUUUAUGUCUGAAAUAUAGCUUAAUUCUUUUAUUAGUGUUUUAAUGAUAGGAUAUGCCUUCAAGUAUGUAAUAAACAGAUAAUGUUUAUUAUACUAACUCUAUCCAACAAAUUAUCAAGAAAUAUUAAGAAAUAUUAUUCUUGGCAAUUAAAAGAAAUCUAAAUUUACGUACAUAUACUCUAUAGAUUUUGGCAUAAGCACAAGUUUUAAGAUGCCAAAAAAAACCCACCUUGAGUUAAGAUCAGAUGUUUGUACAUAGUAGCUAAUGCACGAAUAUCCAACUCUUGCCUAUUCAGUGAAUAGUAAUAUGUAGUAUCAAAACUAUACCAAAGUACUGAGACAUCAAAUUGAAAAAACAGGAAUAAACUACUACUAAAUAGUGGUUUUAAUAUUAGAAAGUAAACAAAAAAUAUAACAUUUUCUAUUUACAGUAAUAAAAUUCAGAAGCGUUCAUAGAAAACAUUCCUGCUUAAAUUAGUGCUGCAAAGUUUCCAUUUAUUUUUGUACUUUAAUGACAUAAUGGUGUAGAGAAGUAAAAAGUAUAUUCUAGAAAUAGAUUUUUAAUGUAUUUUCAUGUUUAGAUAUUAGCUUUUGUACAUACCCGUUACUGUAAUGUAUUUUCUUUACAAUUUGUGUUGUACCCUGUAUUUUGUGUGCAUGUGAUCUAUGUCUUAAAAUUUUCUCUCUUUGAAAAAACAAUUCUUACUUGUGUAGAACUUUUAUAUAUACUUUUGUUUCUUGCAAUGCUUAACAAUAUUGUAUAAAUUUGUUUUAAAUUAUCAACAUGUAUAAAAAAAAGUUGGUCAGUACAUUACAGUGAUUCAUAGUUAAUGCAUUACUUUCUAACUUCGGGGCAAGUUAUAAGUUUAAUUGAAACUGUAGAAAUAAUUAUCAUUACACAACCAAAUAGUCAUAAUCAGUUUAUGGAUUUGUCAACAAAUUUUAUUUAAGUUUAUCAAAGUAGUAUCAAACUGAAUAAUAGGAAGUAUAUCAAGUACAUGGAUAAGCUGUUUGAUAUGUUGUAUAAAAAGGGGGUCCAUAAAAAGGGUGUGGUAAUAUUUUUGCAAAGUUCUAAAUCCAUUGAAUUUACAGUAGAUCUGGUACCACCAAGUUGUAUACAUGUAGUUCUGUGUAUUUACUCUUUAAAGCUGUUGAUUGUUAUUGCAAUUUUAGGAAACCUCAAAUUUCUCAUUGCUUAAUCCAUGCUAAAAUGUUCUCAAAUUGAUUAUUUAACAUGUAAGUAUGAAACAAAUCAAAAUAUCAACAGUACAUAAUUUCCGGCUUUGAUUAAAAAGAGGUCAAUCAAACAAUUUCAGCAAAGAUUAUACCUGGUGCUGGUAUGUUUUGACCAUAUCCCGUUAUAUGGUCUGCAAAGGAUGUUGAAUGUUGACAAAAUAUCAUAUCUUUGUAAAAACUGAACAGAACUGUACAAUUUUUGGACUAAUAUUCCCUGUAGAGAUUCAGCUUUUAGUUUGCAACUACAUGUAAUUCAAAAUGAAGAUGAAAGACUUUAUUUAAUUAUAUGUUCAUAUGAAUUAUUAUUAACAUUUUCUCAUGUUGCUCUUGGGAUAACAUAACAUUUCUUUUGUAGGUACGCUUAGUUGUGCAAUUUUUCAUAACAUAUUGCAUGAAUUGACAUGUUCAUCAUUAAAAUUAAUAUUCUUAUCAGCUUUUGAAACUGCCAACAUAAAUCAUUAAUAUACAAAAUAGGAGUUAUAAUACGCUGGAUGAUGUUUGCAUGUCACAAAAGUAUGAGGUUUAUAUGUUUAUUAAACUUUAGUUCAAAUUGAAGGAUUGGUAUUAAUUUCUAUAAACUGUUUUACUGGAUCUUAUUUUCACAAACUGUUGUACGAACUGACAUGUUGUUUAGAG